AUGUCUUCUUAUCAGCGCGUAACUGUGAAGUUUGCCGGAGGCUGCGAAUUACUUUUUGAUAAACAAACCCAGCUGCAACUGGAAGGGGUCAUUCCCCAUGGUACAACCAUCAACGGACUGGUGCAGCUACUGAAGGUGAACUACGUAAGAGAGAGGCCUGACCUCUUUGUAGACCCGUCGGGAACCGCACUCCGUCCCGGGAUCCUCGUUCUUGUGAACUCGUGUGAUGCAGAAGUUGUGGGCGGCAUGGACUACGUUCUUGCUGAUGGUGACACCGUCGAAUUUAUCUCGACUCUACAUGGUGGGUGA